AUGCAACAACAAAUACAAAAACAGAGAGGACUUACUAGAGAUUUUGAUGCUAUAAGCCCUAAAAGUACUAGAAAAACUACUCCUGAAGAAGUUGACCGUCCUGAUAGUCGUCAUUCACCCUCUUCUGACACAUCUUCAUCUACUUCAAAUAUUUAUAUGGAUUCACAAGAAAAUACAACCUUGACAAAGUCAACAAAUGAUUCAACUUGUCAUUCUAAUUUUGUAAAUAAAUUGCCUAAUAAUGUUGUUCAGUCAAAUGAGUUUUCUCGUUCAACUCAAUUUAUCCAUGAGGCAAUUUCUAACUCACAAAAGCCUCCCACUAUGUUUCGUUUACUUGGACGAAUUCCAACUACUGGCAGUAAUGAAAAUAAAACAACAACAAUAAUUGUCAAGAAUAGUCCAAAUAAUAAUGCACAAUGGAAAGGGACAGAUUCGAAUUCCUCAAGUUCACCCCUUUCAACUCCUCAACAACGCAAAAUAUCUUCUGCUUCCUUCUCUGGACGAAGUCAUUAUAUUUCUCCAAGUGGGACUCGUUUUGUUCCUGUUGACCCACGUGGACUUGUUUCUAUGCAAAAAAAUUCUGCAUCAAAUUCUAUUACUAGUUCAAAAUCAAAUUCUCCUAUAGCAGCUAUUCCUUCAACUCCUAGUCCAGCAUCUUAUAUCAAUUCCCCACCACGAUGUGAAAUAAUAAAUCCGAAUGUUGAUAUUAGGACACCGAGAGGAGAAACUAAUCAAAAUAUUUUUGGUGUUGAUUAUGAACAACAACAUCAAUUUAUCUCUUCUACUCCAAAAACUAUAAAUAAUAUAAUUUCAUCAUCAACAAUAACAACAACAACAGCUAAUAGACGACAACAACCCCAACAACAUUUUCCUUCUACUAACCAAACAAAUUCUAACUUUUUCCGUAAGAGACAAAUUGUAGAAGAAAUGACCCCGCAAGCAUUAAUGACUUCUACUCCAAAUCGUUUUCAUCAACAACAACGAACACCAACAUCGUCUAUUACUCAUAGUAAUAUUAAACGGUUUAGGCCAGUUAUGUCGUCUCAAGAAGGUGAUCAUCAACAAUAUGCUUGUAUUGAUUCAUUUCCAUCUGAUACUUCAAUCCUUCAACCACCACGAGUACGAACUUUGUAUCCUCAAAAACAGCAACAUUCUGCUAUCAGUGCUUCGCCAAUACCUGUAACAUCUACGUCAAUGGUUGAUAUUCAACAACCAACAUGUUAUCAAAUUUCUUAUCAAAACCAAAUUGUUAAUCAAAGAAUUCAUCUUUCUUCAUCUCAACAGCAUUUUAGUCAAUCAAAUACUCUUGGACAGCAACAUCCUCCUUCACAGCCAUUUAGACAAGCAUUUACAUCAACAAUACAACGUCAACAACAACAACAUCAUUAUUUGAGACAACAACAACACAAUUUGCGUACACAAUUAAAUAGAGGAAUAAACACUUCAACUUACUUCCCAAAAUCUUUGUCUUCACUUUCUGGUGAAUUUGCAUUAGAACAUCAACAACAACAUUAUUCACAAAGACAUCAAUUUAAUAUUAAUUCUCCAACUGAAGAUUCUCCAUUUAAUGAAUAUAUUAUUGGUUCGCCUCCUCCUUCUGAACAGCAGCAUUUUCCUGAACGAAUAGCAACAUCUGGUUUAUAUGAACAAACUAAUCCAUCAGGAAUGAAUAUAAUGCGUCGAGCAGACCAACAGCAACAAUUAUUACCGUCACCUUAUUCUUAUUCAACAACCCCUACCUCUACACCAACAACAAUUCGAAGACUGCCAGUAAUAAAUCCUCAACAACAAAUGCAACUUAACAGUCAUUCACAGCAUCCACAGCAUUUUAUUCUUCCUUCUUCUUCUUCAAAUCGUUUUACAUCUUCAACAAAUAUUGCUCAUAAUAACAAUAUUCCUGUAUUUUUACAGCAACAAACAAAUAUUCCAAUGGAUUAUAAUACUAUCCAACAACAUGCUCAUCAACAAUUAAAUUAUCAUCAAAGAGCAACAACUAUGACAGAAUAUAGGCCAGGGAUGGAACCUAUUGAUACACAUGGUUUGUUUUUUUUUUGGAAAUUUUGUUGA